AUGGGAGGAAACAGACCUGCACUUGUGAGUGAAAAUAACACCCCGAACUCCCUAGUCAGGCCGAAGAAGCGAGCCAGGCGUCCCAACCGAACCCCAACGACCCAGCCUCCAGCAGUAUCAACUCCAUGCUCUCUCCCUCCUAUAAGUAAAAACAGUGCCUGCAGCGCGCCUGCCUCGACUUCUGUACUGUGUGCUGCACCUAGUAGUCCGUUCACUACACUCGAGAUUGUAAGCUACAGUCAACCAGCAAUAUUGAACAACCCGGCAACGUACGCAUCGGUUGCUGCCAAGCAAACACCGGAAAGAUCACCGGUAACCUUUGUGCCCGGACUAGAGAAAACAAAACUGCCGCAGCACGGAUGGCACACACCAAUGCCGUUCACAAAUUCAACAAAAACACCGGAUACUGAGCCUCUAAAUCCGAAACCAGUAGCCACCAGGCGCAACCAUGGUGUCCUAAGCAUUGUAUGCACUAAUGUCCCCAAAUCCAAAUCCAAUACAAUUAAGGGUAAGUUGACGGACGAUCGAAAUCAGUGGGGUUCCAUCUGUACGUCGAUCGGAGUCCAUGCUAAUCCCACGAAAGUAAGAAGAAUCUCGCGCCACCAAAACGCGUUGCACUACGGCGAACCCCGGUUACUUCGGGUAACACUAAACUCGGCGGAUGAGACUGAGGCCGUUCUGCUGUCCGCGAAUAGUCUCCGCAACGACUCAAGUGGAGUGCGCAUACUACCAGAAAUCCCGUGGAAAGAACGUGCCGGGGAUCGCGCUAACAAAGAUAGUUACAGAAUAAGUCAAGAUAAGAAAACAGUGAUUGCUCACUGUGUUCCUGAGCUUACUGACUCCUCUUCCGACGAUGCCCAGAUGCAUGACCGCGAGGAAUGGCACUACAUCCGGGAGAAAGUAGAAGCCACGAUUAAACUUCGCACAAUAAUCUGCCUCGACGGGGAAUCGAGCCCCGGGCCCACGGGGCAGAUUAUUGUUCGUGGUUUAAUCGUGGCUUCUACUUUCUACGAAAAUUACACUACUCACAAAAUCCACAAGCAAUUCCUGCUUUUCGCCGAUGACGUCAAGAUAUGGCGGACGAUUAAUAACAACAUAGAUCACGAUCUGCUCCAACAUGACUUAGAUCGCAUUUACGAAUGGUCAAAGAGGAACAUGCUUCAAUUGAACAUAGCUAAGUGCAAGGUGAUACAUCUGCGUCACCAGCCGGGGGGCGCUUAUAAGCUUGGAGACCACACCUUGGAGAAGGUCUCUCAGGUGCGUGACCUGAGUGUAUUGGUACAGGAAGAUCUCGAGUGUACAAAACAGGCAGAGAAGGCGACGAGAACCGGCAACCAGCAAUUCGGCCUUCUUCGCAGAGCCCUCGGUCGGUUUGAACCAUCAAUAUUUCCCCAAAUGCUUAACGCCUAUGUGCGAUCUCACGUGGAACUUGCUAUUCAGGCGUGGCAGCCGUGGCAGAAACAUGAUCUUGUUGCUCUCGAGACUCCUCAACGAAGGGCAACCAAGAACAUCAGGGGCCUCUUUCAUCUGCCCUAUCAGCUUAGACCGAAAUCUCUAAGAAUGUACAGCAGUCGAUAUCGGCUUUUGCGGGGAUCUCAUAAUGGCUUACCAAAUUCUGAAGAACCCAAACCACAUUUGUCGUCCGCUGCUGGAAUUGAACCACAACACUAA